GGUGGUCAGACCAGUUUACGGCAGUAUUGCACAACAUACACUUCUCCCUACGACAUCACCAAUAACAAAAUCUUGCUAACACUAUAGACUCAACCUACUCAGUUAUUUCAAAUCGUUUCUUCGCCUUACUUGCUUCAAGAUAAGGCGCAAGCAAUACCUGGAUCACUUGACUUAAUUCUAAAAUGUUGUAAUCAAACAAAUGCGUUACUAGCUUGCCAUUUUCUUCGUUACUUACCAUCUGCCAAGGAGACUUAUAGUGACGGAAGGAUUUACAGUGUAUUACGGGUGAAAGAUGCCACCAAGGCAGAGAAGAAUAGCCAUGAUGGGUUACAGAUCUGUAGGAAAGACUUCAUUGGUAUUACGGUUUGUUACUAGUAAAUUCGAUGACACCUAUGACCCAACAAUUGAAAAUACCUACACCAAGAAUGUAACUGUUUCUGGUCAAGUCUACCAACUAGAAGUGAUAGAUACUGCUGGACAGGAUGAAUAUUCAGUAACUCCAAAUGAUUAUUAUAUGAAUGUUGAUGGAUACAUUCUUGUGUACUCAAUAACAUCACAAAGAAGCCUUGAUAUUAUCAAAUUGAUUUACGACAAGAUAAGUGACAUGAAAGGCAAAAUAUGGGUUCCAAUUGUCCUAGUUGGAAACAAAACAGAUCUUGAAGAAGAUAGAGCAGUUGCAAUGGAAGAUGGAAAAAAACUUGCCGACGAAUGGGAAAUUCCUUUUCUUGAAGUAUCUGCCAAAACAGAUGAGGUAACUACAAAAGAUAUCAAAGGCUCACGGUCAGUGGAAGAAGUUUUUGCACAGUUAAUAAAAGCCAUCCAAAGGAAAGAGUCUGUCAAAGAUACUAGUUGUGUAGUAUCGUAAAAAAACCAAGCAAGCUCUCUUAAACUUUGACACACUACAUUGUUGUCCAAGAAACACAGCCUGUGGAUGCAAAAAAUUCAUAGAUGAGGCUUGUGUUGUUAGAUGGUGACCAAUUCACUACGACCUCUUCUUUGUUGCUGUGGCCACCAAAAAAAAAAAUUAAGACAAAGCACACACACAUAACAUGUGUGAGUGUUUGUGUGUGUGUGUGUGUGUGUGUGCCGUCUGUGUAUGUGCAUGCAUGUGUCUAUGUGUGUGAGUGUUUGUGUAUACAUAUGAACACACACAGAUAUAUAUAUAUAUAUAUAUAUAUGCACACAUGUACACACACAAUGUAGAUAUAGAUAGAUGAUAUGUAUAUAAAAUAUAUGUACAUUAUCUAUAUAUAUAUAUAGAAUAUGUAUAUUAUGAUGAUGAUA